AUGUCUGUAAAGCUUCAGGAGAACUACGAGGAAACACCACUGGAUGUUAAGGGAAGCGCAUGUUUAAGAGGUAGUAUCUCGGAAAGAGAGACAUUUUCGAGCGAGCAUAACGUGCUCUUCGAUGCUUCCCUUGAGAAAAGCGUUUGUUGGAAAUUUGAUGUGAGAAUUCUACCCAUGAUUGCCGUCAUGUACUUGUUCAAUGCACUUGAUAAGGGAAAUAUUUCAAAUGCCAAGACCGAUCAUAUUGAUAAAGAUCUCAGUAUCGAAGGGCAACAAUGGAAUAAUAUGCUAUCCAUAUUUUACAUUCCUUUUGUUCUUUUUGCUUUCCCACUCUCACUUGUCAUUAAAAAGUAUAAUGCGGCAAACGUUAUUCCUAUUUUGAUGUUCAUCUUUGGUUCUAUCUCACUCCUGUCUGCAACAGCUUUCAAUUACGGUUCGCUCAUGGCCGCAAGAUGGUUUUUGGGUAUAUGUGAGUCCGCCUUUUUUUCAGGAAUUAUCUACUAUUUGAGUACAUUUUACCGUCGUCACGAGCUUGCCAGGAGAUUAUCUAUCUUCUACGCGGCCGCCAACAUUGCAAACGCCUUCUCAGGACUGUUAUCUUUCGGUGUUUUUCAAAUAAAAAACAGUAAGUUGAAGGGGUGGCAGAUUUUGUUUUUGAUUGAGGGCUCUCUGACGGUUACCUUUGCAGUUGUUGCCUUUUUAUACCUACCCAGAAGUCCCGAGAAGUCUCAUUUCUUGACGGGAGAUGAAAAAGAAUGCGCAAAGUGGAGGAUCGAGGUAGAUUCCUCAGCAAAGUCUGAGGAGAGGAUCUCAUUUACUGAUGCUGUCAAGGUUUUCAAGCAUCCCAUAGCCAUCGCCUGGAUGGUCCAAGAAAUUCUGAUCGGUGUGCCUCUGAACUCCAUCAAUAAUUGGUUCCCACAGAUCGUCCAAUCCCUAGGGAAGGGAACUGUUCAGACUAAUCUUUAUACGGUUGCUCCCAAUGUUUGGGGUGCAAUCGCCCUUAUUAUUCUCUCCUUUUCUUCAGACUAUGCCCGCAUCAGAUCGGUUUUUAUCAUGAUCGGUGUCUCUGUGACGUUGAUUGGAUUUGUCGUCUUCGGUUGUGUUGACACUAAAUCGCAUUUAGGCGCAGCAUAUUUUAGCUGUUUCUUAAUGACCACGGGUUCUUCGGUCUCCUCUGUAUUGACGUCGACCUGGUACAACAACAACACCCCUAAUGAGAAUCGCCGCGUUGUCAUCUCUGCUGUUGGGGUUCCACUUGCCAACGCUGCUGGUUUGAUUUCAACAAAUAUUUUUAGACCAAAAGAUGCACCAAAAUAUCUCCCAGCUCUGGGUAUCACUGCAGGAUUCGGUGGUGCCGCAAUUUUAUUGGUUGCAGGUAUUUUGUGCUACAUGAUAUUCGAUAAUCACCGUAGAAAUAAGCGUCAAGGUAUUAAACUAACAUACAAAGACGUUCCCACAUCUGAAUUGGCUGAAGGACCCUCUAACCCAAAUUACAGAUGGAUGUACUGA